AUGGGAGACGGGGAGGUGUGGAGGUGGGCGGCGCUGGCGACGGCGGUGCUGAUCCAGGCGGCCGCAGGGACCAACUUCAACUUCCCGGCGUACUCGACGAGUCUGAAGGCCGCGCUGGGGGCCUCACAGGUGGGGCUCAACGGGCUUGCCCUGGCCUCCGAUCUCGGCAAGGUCCUCGGCUGGUCCGCCGGCGUGGCCGCUCUCCGCCUCCCCCUCCCCGCCGUCGUCGCCGUCGCGGCGGGAAUGGGCCUCCUCGGGUACGGCCUGCAGUGGCUCCUCGUCGCCCGCCACCUCCCUCUCCAAUACUCCUCGGUGAGCCCCUCUGUAAGCGAAGGUCCUUGACGGCAAUGGCGAUCGGAGCUGGCCCACCGUCUUCCUCUUCUCUGGCUUCCCUUCGCGGGGCGGAAGGGUUUUAAUACCGAGAUGUCGUUCACAGGUGUUCAUCCUCUGUUUGAUGGCGGGCUGCAGCAUCUGCUGGUUCAACACCGUCUGCUUCGCCCUCUGCACCCGCGCCUUCCCCUCCCCCCGCCACCGCUCCCUCGCCCUCUCCCUCUCCGUCAGCUUCAAUGGGGCCAGCGCUGGCUUCUACGCCCUCCUCGCCACGGCCCUCCCUGGACACCAUCCCUCCGGGUCUUCCUACCUCCUCCUCAGCGCCACCAUCCCCCUCCUCGCAUCCGCCGUCGCCCUCCCCCCCGCCCUCCGCUUCUCAUCCCCGGGCACCGUAGCAGCCGACCACGGUCGCAACGAUGACGAAUCCGAGGACGGUGUCUUCCUCCUCCUCCUCGGGUUCGCCGUCCUCGCGGGAGUUCACCUCCUCCUCCUCCCCCCCUCCUCCGGCGCCGCUCCCGCUACCCGCCUCCUCCUCGGCGGCGGGUCCCUUCUCCUCCUCCUUCCUCUCCUCCGCGUCUGGCGUCGGGGUGGGCGCACCCGGAACUGUCCCGAGGAUCUGGAGCUCCUUCGCAAGCUGCUCUCUGCCAAAGCAGAGGGAUCCCCCCGAGGGAGGCACUGGUUAGCCGGCGGCGGCGUGGGAGGACGACGGUGGCUGGGGAGGGGUCGGUUGUCCGCGGUGGGAGAGGAGCACGGGCCCCGGCGGCUGGUGAGCCGGGUGGAUUUUUGGGUCUACUACCUGGCCUACCUUUGCGGGGGCACGGUGGGGCUGGUCUACAGCAACAAUCUUGGUCAGAUCCGUGAGAGCCAGGGGAGGGGCGGCGAGAGCACGGCGGCGCUGGUGGGUCUCUACUCUUCCUGUUCCUUCUUCGGCCGCCUCCUCGCCUCUGUUCCCGACCUCCUCGCAGGUGAGUUCCCCCGACGGACGGUACCCGAUAACCAUGACAGCAGGCGGUGCGGACCGUAAUGGCUCGUCGAUUGUGGCAGGAAGAGGGAAUGGAAUCGCGAGAACAGGGUGGCUGGCGGCGGGGCUGGCCCCGAUGCCCGCCGCCUUCUUCCUGCUCGCCGGGUGGGGGAACUGCGGCGGGAUGCUGCCGUUCUGCACGGCGGCGGUCGCGCUCAGCUCGGGUUUCGUCUUCGCGGCGGCGGUGGCGGUGACAGCGGAGCUCUUCGGCGCCGAGAGCGUCGGGGUGAACCACAACAUCCUCGUCACCAACAUCCCGCUCGGCUCCCUCAUCUACGGCCUCCUUGCGGCGCUCCUUUAUGACACCGGUGCCGGCAGCACGGGGUGCAGGGGGAGGCGCUGCUACGCCGCGACGUUCUGGUUGUGGGGCUGCAUCACGACAGUUGGGGUAUGCUUCAGUGCAGCCCUCUUCCUGCGGACAUGGGCCGCCUAUACAAUCCCCUUCCCGCCGCCGCGGCCGCCCAAGGAAGGGAUAGCCCUCCUCUCGUCGAACAAUGAGCAGGGACGACCGCUGCACCGCCUCCAAUGUUCAUGA